UUUACGACUGAAAGCUGGAUCCGUAAUUCGAACAGCAAUGAUCCCAGCGGCAGCACAAGGCAUGUGAGAACAAAAGAUUAAAGGAACCGAAAAUCGUUUUCCAUGAUAGACCGCUUAGCGAUUUUCACGCACGCAUGAGUAGACGCAACAAAAAUGGUGAAGCCUUCGGCUCUGCCGUUCUUCAAACACUAUAGCGAUCAGGAACAUUUCAUAUCACCAAAAAACUCGAAGCACUAUCCGAAGCGGCCUAAGCUGCGACCAUCUUCAUCGGUCAACUCAACCCUAAGACGGUCUCGAUCGCGGUCACAAUGCUCACUACUGACCUGUUUCUAUGGGAUGAGACAAAAGCUCUCGCUCAAAAUGCCAACAUUACUUCUUAUCGGAAUACUAAUAUGUGUCAGGGGCAUUCUGCUCUGUCACGCAGCUGCUGAUCCUGUUCCGGAGCCCAAGGGUACCAUACCAGCCUAUGGAAAGCGAGCUGGCCUCCCGCGAAUUGUUGGAGUAGCCGAUAAGCCCAUAUUCGCCAACCUCACGCGGCAACAUGGUGGUGAUCUGUUCUAUACAUUUGAGAACGAGAAAUGUGAUACAGAUACCUGUGUCGGUUUGUCAAGCGGAACGGCAAGUGUAUUUACCGGUGGCGGUGGCAAUGAUGUACACAACAACAGAGAAAAUGAUGCGUCGCUUGGUUCAAAAGUCGAAUGUAAGUGUCAGUGCCUUCCCCAUUUGACCACUUACCGCGAGGAUCUUGGUAUCUGUGUGGAUGACGUAAGAGAGUGCACCCUCGCGCCCUUCAUCAGCGGAUCCACCACGGAAAAGAUUCCGUUCGUGUUCCUGCCGCACCGGGGCCAGAUUGUCUAUCCAAGCAAGGAGAUUGGUUUUCCGGGUGUGAAGAUGCCAAUGUGUGCAGUUUCUGGUUCACAAUUCCUGACACACACCGGUUGGACCGAGCUGAGGAACCCAAUCGAUACGGAUGUGCCGUUCCGGCUGUUCCGCGAUGAAGGGCGCAUCUAUUUACAGUGGCUUGGAGAACCAGACUUGCGGCAACGGAUGCAGGGUCGUCUCAUAUUGGUGCAUCUCAUGUGUCGGGAUAUGACACCGCGGCUAGUGUUGAAAGACGGACGCACACGACCACUCGAUGAUUUGAACCCCAAUCAAAAUAUAUUCACGCCUUGUAUUGCGUUCCGCGUUGUGGGUACCCCAAUCAAAUACGUAAACAAUGUCACAGAAGUUAGUUUCUCGUCGGAAAAUCACCACAUCGAUAGCGAGUCGGGUCUAAGUACAAAGGAGUACAUAGUUAUCGCAAUCUGUAGCCUCUGCUUGGGAUUGAUUUACAUCGCAUCGGUAUUCCUGUACAUCCACAUGAAGAAACGAAAACGCAACACGGAUGACGACGACGCAAACACGAUCAAGAACGAUUACUCUUCCUACCAGCAGAACGAUCAGGUUACAUUCGGUGUUGGGUUGGGCUCCCAAGUCGGUCCAUUUGGAGGACAGGCGAGGAAAAAUAGUUUUAUAGGACGUUCUGGAAGUCAAAGAACAACUCAUCGGGGGAUCUCGACAGCUCUGAAUGUGGGUCUCCACGCUGAGGAGAUGGGCAUCGUCAAGAACAAUCCGCUGUUGAAGCACUUUCCAAACUUGAGCGACAACUCGGGCUUCAUCAGUGACAACUCGAAUUCGGCAUCUGAGUUUGAGGAUGAGCGAACGGCUGACGCUGAAAAGAAGAUGCAAACCACCGCAAAUGUUCACCAAUCAAAAAACUAUUCCGGGCAUACCGAUAUGGAUGGAGGACAUCACCAUCCACCGCAAGGACAGUACAGCAACCAGCAGCAGAUGGGACAUCACAGUCCCGAGGCAAUGAACAAUCCGAACUCCGAUACCGAGUGUUUACCCGAGGAGAAUGUGUCUAUUGUCGAAGAUGUCAGCAACGACGAGAAACUCCACAGCAUGAAAUCGAUCGUAAACGGUACUAUGCGGCGGAAACUUUAUUUUAACCCCGCCUAUUUCGAACCGCAUCUUCUGGUGUCUCCACCACCGGCAGCUGUUGAAUUCUUGAACAAGAUACGUGAAGUAAUCACAAUCGCCAAGUACAAGAUGUCUACGAAAAGGUUUCAGCCCUCUCUGAAUAUCAUCCCCGAAGAGUUACAACACGCACAGGGAUCGGAAACGUAUGCUGCGGCCCAAACAGCAUCCCCAAGUCGACGCAGUAGUUUGAUCAGCUCCAGAAAGGACAGCUCGAAGAAAAGCGCUUGCUCGGGCUGUCCGGGAUGUGAUAAGAAGGGGGGCGGCUCGGACGUUGUUGUUCCUUCGAGCAAUUGCAAAAACUGUGGCGACAAGCAGAACAGCAUACGGAAGUGGUUGGAAGAAGUUUCAUCGACACAAGAAGAACCGAUAAACGAAGAUGAAAUUAUGGACGACAACAAGUCUCCAGUCCUUAGUUCUGAGGAAAGUGUUGAAUUGCUGAAAGAAAUGGACGAACAAAAAGCUUCCGAAUCAAUGCCAAUCAGUCCGGAGGUUAAAAAGGUACCGAAAGCUUUGCGAUCCCACCAUGGCAAUGUUCAGAGCGACAGUUCAUCAGCUUCGGACAACGAAACCAUCGUUGCUGGUAGUGCUAAAGAACGAUCUUCGAUCGUACGCACUCCGUCGAAGGACAAAUCGAUCCGUUCGGAUUCUAGUUCUACGCCGAAAAUCGUUUCCCACAGUCUGAAAAACGAAACCGUGAAGAUGACCCAGUUCGGUUCUGAAGACAGGUCACUUAUGAAGAACAAUAACUUUGAGUACGAUCUAAUGCCUAGUGAUGAUCGCGCUUACGAUCAAGAAAUUCCAGAGAGGAACUUGAACAACUCCCGGGCAAAUGCAGGCGCUGAUAAGAUUUACGAGAAAAAUGAAAUAUACAACAUAACUGGAAGCGAACUAUACAACAAUCCACAGUUUGAUCUGUCACCGAAAAUGCAGCACCGUUCGUUGGACAUCAGCAACCGCCAUCAUCACCACCAACACGGUCGCAAACGCUCACAAAGCCGUGUCGGAUUGUCAGGCGGCAAGAAACAGAUUGAAGUGUAUGAUCAAUUCGCAAAUGUCACUCCGACGAGGAUGCGUAACUUCAGUCAUAUGCCUGACAUGGUCUACGAAGCGUUAGCUAUGGAUCAACGGCAAAACUCAUGGACAAGCAAUCCGGAAUCGAUUCCCGUUGGUGAAUUCCUGAACGAAUCAUGCAACAGCCGAUUUAGCAGUAUCGAUCGAACGGAUAAGUACAAAAAUGAAAAGUUCUUUCAUGACUUCAUCAAUUCCGACGAUAACAACACCCUCGGCAACCGCUCGGGCAAAAACUCCUUCAACAAGUAUCAACCGGAUUCGCCGAUUUACUCUCGCAAAUCACCGCAUUAUUUGAUCGUGGACUACGAAACGGAUAGUCUGGAAAGAGUGACUUCGAAGACGCACGCCAACUUCAAUACGUCCACCACGACUAGCAGUGAUCUGAGUUCUCAACCGUCGCCAUCGAACAGCACUGCGCUUCCACUGGAAGAAGAGGUGGAAAUUCGUAAUGCCAUCUACGAUCGGGUGGAGGGGUUUAGGAAGGAUACCGACACCAUAAAAAAGGAACGCGAACUGUCAAGCAUUGACCCCGAGGAGUACGAAGAUGUUCCCAUGAACUCCUUGGCGGAAACUGUUAUCCAGGUACCGACAAAAAAGGGACCGAAAAUCAAAGCUGACACGCCCUUUCAGGGCAGUAUAACGAUCGAGGUUGAACACAGCCCGGACGAAUGCGAUCUCUCCACCGACAGCGACCAAUUCGAGCCGGACACUUUGGACCGUAAGCCAAAAAAGCACAACAACAUUGUUGGGAAACAUAAAACAAACGUUUGGGGACAGAACAACGAGAAAGAAACCAAUCGUCUCUCGUCAUCUACGGAUCUGAAUAACGCCACCGUCCUCAAGAAUUCCAAUUCAUUCAAGGAAACAUCCUUUGGUAGCCUCCGGGAGAUAUAUGAGUCGAAGAACUUGAAAAACGUGAACAUUGAACAGAUCCGGAAUUUGGAUGACCUCGAGUUGAAGUCGGGAAAGUUGCUCACCCUAGAACUCAGACAUUCGAAAAGACAACGAACUAACGACAACACAGCCAUAGCUCCGAAAUUGAUUCCUCCGGAUCUGAUUCCUCCGGAAAACUCCGUCUUGCGAAAUCUGUACGACCAACCGCGCCAGCAGUUGAGAAAAGUUGAGGACUACGGUAUUGCCCUGAAAAAUUUGGCCUGUUGGAACAACGACAAGUUCACGAAGCAACCUAAUGGCCCCGCCCCGAAACCCACCUUCUGCAAGCUGGAAAAUUAUGAAUCCACGAAAAGUUUUACCCCGGACAGUGAAUCUACCCAGUACACGGCUCUCUCGGACACCGAUAACAACUCUUCGAAAAAACAGAAAAAGAUCUCCAACUACAGCCAGGUCAACAAGGCUGGCCGCGAUCGGUCGCAAUCGACCGAGAAGGAGGGUUUUAGGUUGGUGGAGAGUUCGAAUGAUUUGAGUGCGCUGGAAAACUAUAUGACACUGAGCGAGUUCAGCGAGAAGAACUUCCUGGAUAUGGUGGAUACACGUAUGAAUCAAGAUUCGAGAGGGAAAACGCAGAAUAACAGUAGAACGAAGUUCAUCGAAGACAUCGAUAAGAUCGAAGUCCUUUCCACGAAGACAUUGUCCAGUUGUGAGUAUGCAACGGGGAAAAGCACUCCGAAUAUAAAUCCAAAAGAAGGCGAAGAGAGCAGACCCAGUUUCGAGGUAACUCCCAUCACUACAACAAAAGUGUUCAGAGUGGAAAUAAAUCAAGCAACGAAUGGAAUGCAGAUCGCCAUGGGUCUCCGUGAUCGUGUCAAAAAAUCCAAGGACAUCAAGAAUGCGUGGAAAAAGUUCAUCGGGAUCGCAACGUCUAAAUUCAACGCCAAAUUGGGCGAAAACAAAAACGAUUCCGACUUGGAGAAGAAUUCGGAAUCCUCGGAUAUACUGGACAAAGAUGAGGGCAUAUCGUCGUUGAUAGAUGACGCCAGUACAGCAUACGAUAGUUCCGAGAAGAAGCAUCUUCAUCACCACAAACGCCAUCACCAUCAUAUUUCCAGUCCAAGUGGACCAUCCUCCAGCUGUCGUCAGAUAUCAAUCGUUCGGAGAAAUUCACGUCCGAGCGCCAAGGAUGACAGUGGUUACAUAAGUGCCGAUUCAAACGAGUUCCGUCGCCAUAAUAAAAAGCUGUACGAACGUUUCAAUUUCCCUAGUAAUUCGACGGAUUCAUCGGACCCAAUUCAGGAGGAGAAUAAAUAUGAAAUUUGUACGAUCCCGGAGAACUCUGUCAACACAGCUCGCAGCAAUACCUCAUCGUCUUCCGAUAGCAGUGCUCGAUCCGACAAGCAACUAGCUCGACCUCGUGGUCCCCCACCUCCGUUGCCUCCCCCAAAUCCUCCGCCACUACCUCCAACCGCAACGAUUCCCUCCAAACAGCAACAUUCCACGCCACCACGAAUGAUCGAAAAACCACCACCUCCUCCGGUCGUCAACUCCUCGCCGCAAGUUCCUCGACCACAGGAAAAUUUCCUCUUCAACACGGCCGAUUCCAUAAGCGUCCACGUGUAUUCGUCCGAUGAUGAGAACAUUGCGAGCAGUGAUAACGCAUCCUGCAUCACCGACGACAACAACGAUGACGAUGACGAUGGGACCAGUUGUGCCACGGACGACCACUGUGAGUCGGGGGCGGAGAGCGUCGAAACGAACUCGGUCUUCUUCAAGAACAUACGACCCAGGCUGGUGGAGGCGUGCAAUUUGAUCACAAUAGCUCACUAGAGAGAGGGAGGGAAGAUUAUUAGAAUGUAGAAUUGAAAUAGUGUGUAAAAGUGCGAAACAUGUGUGCAAUAGAUGGCGCUAGACAGUUAAAACCGUUGUGAAAAUGGUUGUGUAUAUUUCAACAAAACACUUAUGAGUUAUUGUACCUCUGAAUAUUUGGAUAAAGAUUUACACAGAUGUAAAGGGUAAGUUGCAAUAAUUGCAGGUUUAGUUACGGCUAAGGCUUUUUUCUGUUUUUGUGCAAUCUUACGAACUGUUGUUUUAGAUUUAGUUAAAAUGGUUUAGCUGGUUUAAGUAUGAAUAGAGUUACGUAUACAUGAAAUGCUUCUGAGAGAUUUAUGGAGUGAUUUUAUUCACAAGGUGAAUAUUUGUAUGUUUGUGUUGACAUAACUUUAUCUCUAUAGACAUUUUAUUAUUUUAUCGAAGGAUAUAGCAAAAUUCAUUAAAUGUAGAAUAAUAUAGGGGUAUUACGAUGCUCGUUAGACCGAUUUAAUCCACUUUAUCUAUCAAUAAUAUAGAAAAUCGUAUUUUUUGCAUUUUAUACGAUUUUAGAUACACAUGAUGCAUACUUUGAUUGCCAUUUUAUACGAUUGUGAUUGGAUGUGUUUUAAUGUGCAACCUUGCAUGUGCAAAAGUUAUACAAUUCAAUGUUUGCUUUAGAGGCGAAUGAACUUCAAAGUUUAAAGCCUAUUAAAAACAAAAAAGAAAGAAAAGAAUGUUUGCUGGGCAGUGGCGUCGAGGGAAGCUUUCGCACCCGGGGCAGAAGAGUUUAUUCGCAUCCCACAGCCGCAGAAUAGUUUUGAUGUAUUAGCUCACCUGAAAGUAUAUUUCUAUGCACCUUUCUUUACGUGCAAUUUUCAAAAGCACAUAUACACUAAUAAUCUCACAAAACCGUCGCAGCUCAUCAUUUCCAUCGAGCCACCGCAGCGACUUUAGAAUUGCAUUUAGCCGCUGUGUGUUGUUUAUCUCAUUCACAUUCCAUUAUCGAGCUUCCGCGACGGUUUGUCAUUGCAAAAUCCGCACGGGAGAGCCACCUAGUGCGUUCUUACGCUUGGCUUUUUCAACUUCACUGCUUGUAACGGUUUAGUCAGCAGAUCUGCCUCCAUCUGCUGAGAAGGGCAGUACCGCAGCUACUCAACUCUGUCGCAUACCAUUUCCUUCACGAAGUUGUACUUUGUGUCAAUAUACUUUGACUUCUUCUCAAUACGAUGCAGCUUUGGUCCUUCUUAACGAGUAUAAGUAAAACAAGCUUUUCUUCCACAUCUUACAUCAGAUACUUCGCUAAUGCUACAUAUUCAGCUACACUGCUCGAUAAUACAAUGCACUUUAGUGACGGUCCAAUCUAGCGAAAUUUGAGAUUGAUUUGCGAUCGCCAACCCAUUCCGCGUCCCCAAAACACUCCAGCUGCGCAUCGAUGCACCCCAGACAAAGCUUAAGCUCGAUCGUUGACUUGAGGUAGCGCAACACCCAUUUGAGCUCGUACCCAUAAGCUUCCGUUGGCGUGUGGACACGUUGUCUCAAUAUAGAGGUUGCGAUUGAAAUGCGAUCUGAUACAACAAAGCCCCUAUAAGACUCUGGUCCUGCUUAACGGAACUUGCUUCACUCCCCCAUUUGUUAAAGGAAGCAUUGAUAGUUGGAUCCAUUGGUAGUUUCGAUGGUUCAGUCUCGUUCAUGCCAAAUUUCUCCAGAAGACGACUCAAAUAAGCUUUUGGUCGAGCCAAUACAGCCUUGCCUGUAAAUGAAUUUUAAAUCCAAAAAGAAAAAUCAAUUCUCCAACCACUGUUGAGUUUUACGGUCAAAACUCUGACGAUAUUGAUAUCCGCUUUUGUUUGGAGGAUUGCUCAGAUUUUCCAACUCCUGUUAGGAUAUUGCAUUCGUGAUAGCCCACAUUCACUCUUUAUCAAUUUGGUUAUUCUAUGGAGACUACAAAACCAACUUCUAGGGUUCAUAUAUCAAGGAAGUAGCCUUUAUACAGACAUUUCAGCAACACCGUUCUAAACAUAUCCGGAAAAGCAUGGAUCGCCGCUUUCUCUACCACUAUGUUGAAGAUAACAUCGAGUCGUGGCGUAUUUUUAGUCUUCAAACUUUUUGCCAUUGUUACUAGUUCCUCGCCCGCACGCGUUCGGCUACCUCCUCGUGGUGAUUCCGGAGAAGUCCCUUUAAUCCCUUUAAUUUUUGUGAACUAAAAUCCACAGAUGUCAUUGCACUUCAGAUCUUAGCCAUCACGAUAGAGCAUGCGUUCCCCGUCUCGGCACAGUUCUUUACAAGGUCUGGUCUACUCUUCUUUAUUUAGUUCGUUCCUUUCUGACUCCAGCAGUACUAGCUCCCUGAACACAUCUUCUGGCGCUAAUACAACUAGCACGGAAGCUACUGAAUGUUUGGUUCCACCAGGAGGUUGGUAUUGAGGCCACAAAGCUCGGAUCACAUGAUGGUUUACACUUUGGGCAUACCCCUCGCACACUUUUAAAUAGUUUAUGUUUUUUUCCGGCGAUGAACUGGUGCGCAGAUGAGAGGCCAUUCCUGCGUAGAGGCUAACGGCACCAGCUUAGUCUUUUACCAGGGACAGACAUACAGCUGCACUUGCGUUGUACGUGUACAGCGUUGUACAGGUACCAUCGUACCAUGACAGACAUACUUUGGUUGUACAUUGUACCGUAUGUCAAACUGACAAUCAGAUAUUUUUCCAAUUUCCACCACAUAUUUCAAUGAAAAAGGUUUUUAUUUAGUGUCUAAAUUAUCAAACACAACAAAAAAAGUUUCCAAUCUGAGUUAUUAACUUGAAAGAAAGUCAAUGAAAAGAACGUUUAUCAAGUGAUUUGAUUCUGCUUGUUCAUGCUACCCACCACUAACCGUCUAUGGCGCUGCGCACAGUACAACUGUAGCCAUGUACAGCGGUAAAACAGGUCGGUACAGGUACAGCGAUUGUACCGAGUUGCUUCCAUGGUUCUAGCGCUGUACAUGGUGACAGACAUACAAUUUUCGAAGCACAACGCAAGUACAGCUGUAUGUCUGUCAUAAGUAUUAGCUUCUACUAGACUCUGCCCUCUUGCGUUGAUACAUCCGCUACCCCCUUAACAGGCAAGGAUUGAAAUCCCCGCCAUUGACGACUGGCUUCCGAGUUUGUCCGUAACUGUAUCCAUUUCAUGGUGGAGCUGUUCUAUUGACCAUCUUGGCGGUGCAUAUACACUGCAUAUGAAGAUUCUAUUGAUGUUUACGAUCACGAAACCUUCAUAUGAGUUCUCUACCACUUUUUUUAAGAGGGAAUAUUUUUCAGAUUGAUUACCAACUGGGUUUUCAUAAUAAAAUUCCUAAAUUUUUAUUUUUAUUUUGGUAUUUUUCCAGGAAAUCUAUUGAUAUAUGUAUACAAACUAUGAGUUGAAGUUCUGAGCAUAGUAUCAGUAGAAUGAUACGGCGGCGUUGUUGUUAUUUAUUUGGGAUACUUUACACCGAGGCAGCUGGUGCAUUCGUAUCCUUUAAAAAUUUUACAAAGUAAUUUGCUAUUUUCAAUUGUUUGUACAGUCCUGUUUGUCUUUAAAAAAUCAUUAGUUUCGUUUCAUUCCUAUCGUCGUUCAUUAGUGCAUUUCUGUACACUAAUUAGACGACGUUACGACGUUAGUUGUACUAACGUCGUAUUGCUGUCUCUCGUUGUCGUAUUUUCUGCAAUGGAGGUAAUUGUGUUUCACAUCUAAUGUUGUGCCACAGAAUUCGCAGUUAGGUAGUGUUUCUCUCUUAAGUUGGAAUGUAUGGGUUAAACGCGUCAAUGCUCGGCUGUAUUGUUACGUUCCGUCCAUUUUCGCGUGUCGUUUUUAAUUUCCCUGAGUUUAGAAUCCCUGGAGGCAAACCAUUGAUUGUCCCCAGAUUACACCCAUACCUCGCUAUACGGCCACUCUUUAUACGGCAUUUCGCUAUAACGGCGCUAGGGUAAAGGGUAAAAAAUGAUUUUUCAGAUUCCCAUAGAAAUGAAAAAAAAUAAAAAAUAAAAAAAAGAGUCUAAUAUUUUGCGAUAAGAAACAAAACUACCAAUUUUAACGAAAAUCUGAGAACCACUAUAUCAUCGGUUUGGCAUGGAAUUGCUGUAUACAUACACAUAUUGUAUGUAACAUGAAGUUGUUUCAGUUUUGUUCAUGAAUUAUUGUUGGUUUUCGGAGUCUGUUAUUAUUUUUUGUACAAAUAUAUGUACUUUUUUUAUCCCUUUUUAUUUUAGGCUCAUUAACAUUUUAGCUGUAACAGAGCCGAAUUUUAUUCGUGUACGUGUCACAUGUUUAUCAUAUCUAUAAUUAGCACAUUACACAGUUGCCAUUUUCGGCGUUAGAGUAUUCCCUUCUAUACCAUUGCAUAUGGUACACAUUCACACAGUAGCCUUUUUUAGGCGUAAGAGAAUUCCUUCUGUUCUUCCAUUAUCCUGUUAGACCGGACAGCGGAGACAGUUUAAUGAUCAUUGUUGAGUUAUUUAUAGAACAGCAGCCCGAUGUGUCUUGCAGUGCAGAGCAGUUGUAUGGAUGAACCGAUCUUAUUUCGACCGUGGAUCGAUCUCCAUCGCUGAUGAUUGCUGCGUGGACGUAGUUAUUCUGUAACAACACAAAGAUGGUCAAUGAGGGUCCUGAGUUUUGAACUCACGAUCGAUCGCUUACUAAGCGAACGUGCAACCAAUGUGGCUACGGAGACCCCCUAAAUAUAUGUACUUGUCAUGUAUGUAUUUUUGAUUCAAAUGAAAUAAAAAUAUAAAAUGCAUUUCGAAUGAUAAACCAUGUUAUGUUAAUGUUAUGUCGUGUUAAUAAAUUUGGAACCGAUCCGAUUGAAUUCGUAUGAGUUCGUAUUAGAAUAAUUUAUUCCUUAUACGGCUUUUCGCUGUGAGGCCAAGUUUCGUGGAACGAAUCUAAGCUGUAAAGCGAGGUAUGGGUGUAGUCGUAUUGUUUCUUUCACUGCCUUUAGUGUAUCUUCCGCUGAAACCGGUAUAUUCAAGGGUGGUAGUCGUUUUACUUCAUUUGCGAACUUAUCCGCCUCGAUAUGACCAUUAAUACCAGCGUAACCAGGGGUCCAACAAAAUCUCACGUGUCUGCUAUGUGUCAUUAUUUCAACUUCCGAGACCACGGAUGUCUCGAUUUACUGCUUUCUAAAGCCUGGUGACAACUGGCAGAGUCUGUAACAAUCACCAAAUCAUCGACUAACCUAACCGGUUCACCAAAUCAACUUGGAAAUCACGAUAACUGAACCAAUCUGCAACAAAGUAGUUCACUUGCCGCACAGAAGUUUUGCACCAAUUAUCUUAAGAAUUCGAAUUCUGGGUGCACAUGCUUUCUUAGCCAAUUUGCAGUGAGCCUUAAAGUUCAAAGUGCGGUCCAGUGUUAUGCCAAGAAUUUUUAAGAGGCUUACUUGGGGCAAAGAAGCGCCAUCAAUAGUAAUAUUUUGUGCCGGGUUCUGUCGAACAUUAGGGCUACAAUGGUAAGUAUGUGAUUUUGUGGUAGAUAUGGUGAAAACAACACUUUUUGACCAUUUGUCAAGGGCCUUUACGACUCUUUGCAGUAGAGGAUGAAGUCCUUCCGUUUUACGCACCCGCGCUACUGAAAGAAUAUCGUCAGCAUAUAGGGGAACCGCGGGUAAUACGGACAGUGGGGGGAAAAUGAACAGGUGGUUGAUUUGUAUAGUUACAUUUUGAAUUUCAAAUUUCUGUUAAUGAGUACACCUUCUACAUGUUAUUCUAUAAUAUUUAAGUCACCCUAUGGCAAUGAAUACUAAUCAAAAGUGGAACAGGGAAACAAAAACCGAAAACCAUACAUGAUUCCGCGUGUGGAUGUCAGUUUAGCUGCUUCGAUAUUAAGCAUUUUGAGUGGUGAGUGGUUUUGGGAAACAUGAGUUUCCAAAGAAAUAAUAAUUGAAGUUAUUCUUAACAUGUCCGUUUUACCCCCACCUCCCCUAGAAGUAUAUCUACCCAAUUCGGUAUAAUUUGAAAUUUGGGUUACAUCGCAAUAAGGAACAGUGUCACUGAUAAAACGGAGCCUUGUGGCCAGUGUUGUAAACGGUCGACAUUCCUCUCAACCAUCACAUACUGCUCUUUCGCGAGAGUCACGGCUCAAUAUGUAUUGCGAAUGUGACCAAGAAUGCAUUUCUCGGUUCCGACAGUCACCUCAGAACUGUUCACUGUUCACGUUGAUGUUCAUUAAUGACACAGCACAUUCGUCUCCAUAAAUAGUCAUACGAUGGUAUCCAUUAGCAAGACUGCUUGUGGCAUCCCAUUUUCUAGAUGGUGCGCACUCGACAAAUAGCCUUUCACACACACUUGAAACGUUCUUUCCAAGAGGAAGCUUUGCAGGAUAAUCAUCAUACGACCGCUGAUUUGCCAUGAUUUCAAUGUACGUAGUAUUGCAUAUCGCCAAGUUGUAUCGUAUCAACGCCGCACCCAGAACGAAAUGCAUUCUAUUGGACAAGAAAUGCACACGUCGUCGUUAGGCUCACUCUCUCCAAUUUGAAAAGACGCUAGCUAGAAGUCGCCGAACUUUUGCUUUUUUGUCUCAGUGCUCGAAGAGGAUUCCGCCAUCGUUUGAUUGCUUCUUCAACAUCGAAACCCCAGCAAGGUAUAUUUUUGGUCCAACGUGACCACUGCUUCUCGGUAUGCUCUCAGUCGCUGCUUCUAAUAUUUUUUUCAGUAAAGCUAUCGAUAUCCCAUUCAUUAUUGAUUAAUUCAGUUUGCGCGGUCAUAGUACCACUUUUGUCGAGAUGUUUUUGUACGAAAUCUUCCGGGAAUGGAGAUAACAAUCGGAAAAUGAUCACUGUUGUAGGUAUCCGACAGAGUAUGCCAGGUGAACUUCUGAGCCAGAUUUUCGAAGUAAAGUGUAAUAUCGAUUGACGAAGCAUUGCCUGUAGCUGGAUCGAUGCGAGUGGGUGAACCAUCGUUUAGGAUCACGAGUUGUUUGGUGAAGUUUGUCUCUGCAAUGAAAUGACCAAAGACGGUUGAUGACUGCGAACCUCAUGCUGUAUGAUGGGCGUUAAAGUCUCCAAUAAAGUCCACUUUAUUGAAAGGAUCAUUCAGCUGCGCCUGACAUCGCUUGGUGCUGAACGGCAUAUAGAUGACAAUUACUGUUGCUUGAAUGGGGUACUGGAUUCGCACUGCCACAAUCUGGAGUUUCGUAUUUAUUUGUACCCGCUCGAAGAGAAUAUCUUCACGGAUCGCGAGGCCAACGCCAUGCCGCCAGUAAUGUUUGUGGUUUGAUUUGAGAAUCAAUUGGUAGUUCUUGCCGACAAAGUCUAGCUUUGUGAUCGUUUCUUUCAUUUUCAUCUCUUGGGGAGCUAUUAUGUAGGGUUCAUGUUUUGCGAUGAGAUAUUUUAGCUCACUGACGUUAGCCCGAGUCCACGGAUAUUCCAUUGCAGCCCGAAACAUCUGUUAGAGUUCAUAUUUGUCGAUGUUGCGUUCGACAUUGAAGACGGAUUGAUAUUCUGCGUUAAAGCGUUCUUCUGCUUGUAUAUUGUUGCAUUGAGUCAGUUGUGUGUUGAGAAUUGGUUGUCCUUUCUGGAAUGGAGAGAAGUGGCGCGAGUGGCGUUGGAGAUCGGGCUGAUGCUGAGCAGACCUGUCGUUUGUCGUAUUCCGCAGUGCCAACCGCUGUUGAGACUAAUAGAUUAUUGGUUUCAGAAUCGCCAACAAUAGAGGGCAGCACUGUGGAGAGACUUUGUGUGAUUCGUAUUUGUUGAAAGGUUGAUGUGACAUUUUAUCCAAACUUUUUCAAUGAUCCUUCGCCAGGCGAAGGACAUGAUUGGGUUACUGCUAAACGUAUAUAAAGAGCGGUAUAGAGGCGAAUGAACUGCAAAGUUUAAAGCCUCUUAAAAACAAAGAAAGAAGAAGAAGAGCGGUAGGGUUUGUAGGUUUCAAAAUGAUGUCACUAACCUGUGGAGCAGCUUGUACUGUGGAAAGGCUGUGUAUAGUUCUGUUUUUUGUUUUUUCCUGUUGCUUCUUGGUGUUUGUUGGUAUAACCAAUUAAAAUUGAUCGAGAGUAAUGCGUGGUUCGUUCAAUAGUCGACCGCACAGGAGACUUCACCGUCAACGGGUUGGGGUGAGACGUCCCGGAUAGAUUCAUCUGCCUGCUGUGCCUCUUCAAACCGACUAUUUAUGUUGGUACGAUGCAUGGUCUUGUUAUCGAUUGUGAUACAUGACUUGGACUGUGAUGAUUGAGUUCUAUUGUUUUGAGGGUUCAUUAUCAGGUGUUUCUUAUAAGUUGAAAGCGUCUUGGUCAGUUCCAAAAUCGGUAAGAUCCCCCUCAUCCACCAUCGGUUGGUUUGUUGUUCGUCUCAUUUUUAUUGGGCUUCUUGUGUUGUUGGACAUUUUCUUCGGUGGCGGCGACAUUCCUGUUGGUUGAUAUUGUUGUGCAUGGUAUGAUUUGAUUGGACUGUUCCUCGUUUUGUUUUCUUUCGACUUGUUUCUGUGUCUGUUUCAAUUGUCUGUGAGUUCGAGCGUGAUCUGAUUCGUGUGGCGUGUGGCGCAAGUGGCGUUGGAGAUCGGCCUAAUGCUGAGCAGACCUGUCGUUUGUCGUAUUCCGCAGUGCCAACCGCCGUUGAGACUAAUAGAUUAUUGGUUUCAGAAUUGCCAACAAUAGAGAGCGUCAAGAUAUUUUUUCAUUCUUUGGUUUUGAAUUUCAAGUUUUUCUAAUUUCAUACCUUUCGUAUCUGGGUCGAUGACUUCCUUUACAGUUUCGGCAGAACGGUUCAUGUUCGCACACUUCUUUAUCCUAGUGUUUAUUGGAACAAUUAGUCGGUGUUUAGUCAGACCGGACCAUGUGACAUUUUUAUGAUUUCGAGAAAAACGAGUUUGAAGUUUGGUACGAUUAGGGGUUUUCAUUGAGCGCUCAAAAAAAACGAUAAGUUCUUCCUGCUGUACGCAUGAUUUUCCAAAUUUGAUAAAUGUGGAAUGUAGCUUACAAAAUGGUUAACCUAAUCCAUUCAAUAACUCGAAAAUUUUAAUUUUGCGACUUGGUCCGCUCUGACUUAACACCAACCAAUUGUAGCAUCGCGUUGGGUUGGGGCAGUUUAUUCGUGAAUGGCCAUAUUCGUAACAUUGAAAACAUAGCACUGGAUUCGGGUAAUACGGUCCAGUUCUCACACGAACUACUCAGACCUUCACGGUUUCAGGAUAUAUACUACGAUUAAAAGUUAGAAUAAUAGCUUGCGUUUUUUCCUUGUUGCCUUUCAAUAUUCUCCUCGCUUUCAUAACUGCUUGUUGUUCCAAUUUUUCUUCGAUGUACUUUUCGCUGAGUUGUAGCAGAUCAAAGGAGGAUAUAACGCAACGACUUAUGUUGAGCGUGGGAUGCAGUUCUAUUGAUACCUCCAUUCCGUAAAUUAGUUGAAUUGUUUUCAACAAUUGUUCAACUUGUGUUGCAUUUCUUGUCCUUAUCACGUAACGAGUACAUUUCUGCUCACUGGUUGCAUGCUCGAUUGGUUCAGCAAAGUCCUCUAAAUGUUUUCCGAUCAUGAAUGGUUUGAUUGGUAAGUCAACUCCAUUUUUACCGGUGAGUAAUAGAGUGGUGAUAGACCGAAACUCAUUUCUCGGGUCUAAGUAUCUCGGAAGUCCUCUCCCGGAUGACCUCUCUGGGUCAUCUUCUUCAAUGGCUUAAACGUUCCCAGUGGAACUUCCGCCGUCUCAACGUAGUAUCACUUUCGUCAUUUUUUUGAUACGUACUUAGUUGUGAUUUCUAUUCCAAAUAACACGCCUUGAUUGUAUUCUGAGUGACAAGCUCUCGAAUACGCGUGGCCACACAGUGCAAGACGAAAGAAAUUUCUAUGACAAAAAAUCUCCUGGCCAGAACGGGAAUCGAACCCGAACCCCCGGUAUGAUAAUGUGGGACGCUAGCCACUCACAGGUAUCACGCAGUACUCACGUGAGUAAUGUGAUCACAAUAUAAAUGAGGUUCGUUGCUUUCACCUUUAACCCUUUCGUUACGAGCGUCGUCUUCAGACGACAUGAAAUUCAUACUGCUCUUCGAUCACACCAGCGCGAUGUGCAAACUUUUCGGCGCAGUGUACCGUACAGGGGUAACACUUUGUCGGCGGGGCACACAGCCGAAAUGAAAGGGUUAAGCGAUGCGAUGGAUACACUGAGUUGUUAAUCCGUUCUUGAAUUUGAAUAUUCAAAUCACAUGGAGCCGCAUGGCACUUCGAAUUUUCAAAUUUCGAAUUCGUUGGAGACGCAAAUAUUGAAAUAGCUCUUUCUUUUCAUGUACCCUUUUACUUUCACACGUAAUCGAAAACAAGGUCGAAAAGCUUUACUCGCGACUACGACACUUUCAGAUCAGAAAAAGAUAUUGCCCAGUGGCGGAGCGCCAACUUAGAGAACUACGGGUGGCGGAGUCCAACUUUCAAUCCAAAUUUGCGCGAAACGAUUGGGUUUGAAUGAACUUAGCAAAGCUACCGAUUACUACGGAUGCUCUACAGCAUAAACCAUAAAAAAAUCGUUAACGUAAAACUUUAUGAUAAAGUUAUCAAGAAACGACAAAAAAAGGCAGAUUUCCAGCUGCAGAGAAUUAUACAAUUUGUAUAAAAACAUAGAUAUUCAACCCUCAAAGCCGAUACAUCUUUAUUGACACAGCCAAGUGUUUGCCUUUUAUGUUCCGAUGUACCAUCAUGUGGGGAGAUCGCAUAUUUGCGUGCAAAAAGCUAAUCGAGACGAUCAUCAUGUGUAUUCUGAAAAUAAAUAAGAUCAACGUGAUAACAAGUAUGGACCCAAAAAGGUAACGAGUGCAAUGACACACACGGACAAAUAUAUUAGAAUAUUAGUUGAAUCACGAUGCAAUGAAACGUAAUCCAAACUAAAAUUAUAUCUAGGAUAAUGUAUAGAGACAAAUAUUUAAAGCAAUUGAUUGUAAAUAAACGAACAAGCUAUGCAAGCUACACAGAAUAGCAACUAGUGUUUAGCGAGGCCGGAUGUGCAAUAAAACAAACAAUCCAAUUAGUUCUUUAAGGUGCAAUAGUUAAAUAUCAUUCCAUUAGUUAAGGCAUUUAAUGAGGAGAGCUAAAACUGGUAGUAAUAGCUUAACAGCUAUAGUACCAAAAUUAUAACGUAACUCUUCCAUCAGAUUCAUUUUGUUUAUAUAUUUUUAUUUUGUUUCGUGUUUAUUUCACUAAUAUUAUGUUAUGCUACUGUUUUUGUAGUUCGCCUAGCUUCGUAAGUACCUGCCAAAAAUUUAGCAUUAAACAACGAUAUGAAAAUCAUUUAGCAAUAGGAACAAUGUAUGUGGAGAGAAAAAAAAUCAAUGUUUAGUGUUAAGAUUCACCACAGCCGUUGAAACUUUAAGGAUAUAACGCCAUUUGAAAUCAGUCCGCGUUCACAAAGUAGUGCAAUUUAAGGAAGGAAUUUGACUGGUAUUAUUUCCGUACCUAUUUUAAGAGGGUUAACCAUGGUGAUUAGACCAUUAAGGGUAGUUUCAUUAUGAACUGUGAGAAAAGAUAACCGACGAAUUGUUCGAUAUUUAUUUACGAUUGUUUACUUCAUAUAGAUACGUGAUUAGAUGGAUUAGAUAAUUAAACAAAAUACUCAUAUUUUGUUGAUAAUAUUAUGAACAGAUUUUUUAAUAACAUAAAUAAAUGAUAGUUGAUAGUUUUUUAUCAUGAAGUAUUACUCUUCCUCUCAUCUCUUCAUAGGAGCAUGAGGUGAAACCAUUAGUCGUAUAGGGGAAGUGUUUAGUUCGCGAUAUAUAUUUGUAGUUUAAUAACAGCUCGAGAGUUUUUAUCAGAGAUAAGAGCUUUUUUCAUAUGCCUGGAAUUGCUCACAAGAAGACAUUUUUAGAAAUUAUUUGGACUAUACAAUUAUAGAGUUUUAUAGAAAAUACAAGUUCGAUGGCGAUUUUCCAGAAGAUGUGAGUGAGGUAGGAAAAUUGAUGUUAGUUCAAUAAACGUUUUUUUAUUCUA